UGUUUUGGCAUCCUGCACAUCCCCUCGCCUUCCAUUCUUCCCUCCUUUCUCUCCCAAAUCGCAUCGAAGCGCUAUUCUCAUGUCGCUGUCACGCACAGUGAAGAGGCUGGCGAAAGAAUUUUAGACCAAGUUUGUCAAGACCAAUUGAAUCACCAAGCCAUCUCAAGCCCUACGAGCGGCUCUUGUUACGCCAUAACAUUCCAGUUCACGAUCGCUACUCUUUUCGUCCCCUUGCUGCUGAAAAUAACCCACUAUCAACGGUAAAUCCUCUCCUUUUGGCAGACUUUAGAUCAUCAACACCAUUACGUAUAUAAAGCAAAGCGCAUAAAGUGAGACGAUAUGGGUUCUGGUACGCAGCAUCCGCUGUCCGAGCUGAGUCCUAUGGCUCAACGGCGAAAUUCUCCGAGCUGGAAUCAAACGGGCAAGAUGACAUUAGGCUCAUCACCUUUCGAGUCAUCUCCAUUCAACACGUCGCAUUCGCCGCGUCUCUUCUGGCAGGGCCGUGAGUCCGUGUCAUCUUACCAAUCUCUGAACUCAGAAAAUACGAAGCCGUAUGACCCCGACAUGUCUUACUCGCCAACGAAGAGAGCGUCGAUUGAAAAUCUUAAGCGGGCGUCUCGUGUAAAGAACAGCAGCAUCAUUGCUCGUGAAAUGAAUAACGAGUAUGACCCCGCACACCUCAGUCUUCCGGAGCGCCCACUUGCAACAGGCCGCUCUUUCCAUGGUCGAAGCCAGAGUGACGCCCAAUAUGAGCCUUCGAUUACCAAGGAGGAUAGCCAGUACCAAUUGGACGACAUCCGAGAAUCGCCCAAACACACGCCUCCUUCGCCAAGCAAGGACCAGCCUUCCCCACCGAAAUCAAGUUUGUCGAAAGCAACCCGCUUUGGAAUGAAGAAGUUUGAUCCCGAAAGUGAUAUCUGGUCUGACGUGGAACACACACCAUUACGAUUCGUGGAUCGCAACCCUAAAAGUGUCACUUUUGACGCUGCCCCACCUCAGGUCAAUGAAUACGAAAUGACAACUCCCGACCUUUCCUCAAUCGCGUCAGAAUCGCGCGAGGGAAGUUAUGAUUUUUAUGAAGAGGAAAUCGACGUAAGCUUUGAUCGGGGUUCAUCUCUAGACCGCGAUGAUAGUUUCGAUGCUUCUCUUGAGGACCUUGAAAAAACACCAGUUGUUCUUCCUGAAGAUUGGCGAUUUAUGAGUCCCGAUACAGCAAAUCCUGAGUUGGUCAAUGGAAGCGAGGAUCCGUUUACAGAUGAAGGCAGUCCAAGCCCAGAAGCUCAGCCUCAUGCGAACACUAACUUGUCAAACCGCUCAUCAAGAGUGGAAUCCUUGGAUUCCAAUGGGGAGAAACGUCCACUUCCACCUUUGCCAUCUGCGAAAAUCCAGGAGCAAUCCAGCCCCGCCACUUCUCCAAGCAAACUUUCCGCUGCUUUUGAAAGAGCUACUAGUGGCCAACGUGUAUUGCCUUCACCCCCAGCAGCGGCGUCUUGUUCAAAAACAGACAUAACUGGAAGAGGGCAUCAUUCUAUGACUUUGGAGGAUAGACUGCGCCUCAUGAUGCUCCAAGGAAAUGAUCAGGGCAGCCCGCAAUCAGAAGCCGAUCGUCAGCGAGAGAGACGCAUGAGAAGAGCGGGGGCUCGUGAACGAAGCGCUGGGGCGGAGUCUGAUGGGAGACAAUCCUCUGAACCUACGGCAAGUGAAGUCGCUACGCCUCCUCCAAUUUCUAGAGAGGAUAUUUUGCGAAACAUCAAGAACAAUAAUGACAUGAGUUACGAUGACGCCAAUGACUAUUCCUCACCAUUUGCAUCUAGCCCACCAUUUGACACUCCCUAUGAUCCAGACGUUCCAAUUCCAUCUCUCGAAGAUCGCCUCGACGAUAUUGAUGUCGACAUCAAACGGGAACAAAGUGAUGACGAGGACAUUUAUGACCUUCCCGAAUAUUAUGGCCCCCAAGCUCACGGCUUGCCUUUGCCUGAAGGUGAUAGUGGUGUCGAGGGUGAAGAUGACGGCAGCAAUUACUCACGCAACUCUAAAGAAACACUGAAGGAUGAUCGUAGCGGCUCCGAAGAACCCAUGGACGACCAGACUACCCCAGUCCCCGAAAAUCACCCUGAUAAUGGCCAGCAUGCCGCAAUCCAUCAACAAGACUUGACCACCACCAAUGCCAAAGUAUCCAGCGAGUUCAAUGAUUUCAAGCCUAAUUUUGAAAUCAAACAAGAAUCCCCACAGAGACCAACAACCCCAGAAGGCCAGAUUGGGGAUGUUCUCAGCGAACCGUCCACUCCGGGCUCUGUAAUUCGGCAUCCCGUUGAAGAGGAAUCAGAGGACGAGGAGGAAGCUCCUAUGUUGGAGGCUAUUCCCGAUCCUGUUGCUACGAUCAAAGCUCCUGGUACCGGACUCAAGGCUCGUCCAUCACUGACACCCGCAGAUUCCCAGGCGAUGGCUGCAGCCCGCCGUAAAGUCAGCACCCAAAGCUCAAUUCCUCCAUCAGUUGAGGAACCCGGAUUUGGCGGUCUCGAUAACGAGGCUGAGGAACCAGUGGCAGAAUUCUCCAAUGCUAAUGACAACAGUCCUCCCAAAUUGUCUCUCCCAGAUACAUUGCAACGCCAAAGCAGUUUGAUCAAGCUAGACGUCCCGUUUUCUAGCACCAGUGAAAGCUUUUUUGGACUAGAUAAGGAAUUUGAUAGAGUUAUUGAGGCACAAAAGAGAGGCUAUCUCAUGCGUCAGAACACGAAGGUUAUCAUUGCCAGCAGUCGGAACGAAGAGGAGCCCGAACCCCCCUUACCGAGCACCACGACGAGCACAAGCACUGAGGCUGUUGAUGUGAAACCCAGUAAUAGCUCACCGUCAAGAAAAAUCAGCCAGCCAACAUGGACCGCAGAACCUUGGAACGGUAAGAUGCGCCGCCAGAGUGUCAAGACAACAGGGGGCAUCAAGAAGAAGCCGGUUCCUGGUACGGUACCACCACUACCCGGCAUGCCAAGCAAUGUUCAAGAUAUUCAGCAUGCUGUUGAAGAGCCAGAGAGCCCGGCUUUGGUGGAGGACGGGCAGGAAAGAGGAAGACUUUUUGUCAAGGUUGUAGGGGUCAGAGACUUGGAUCUUCCACUACCUAGAGGUGAAAGUCACAAGUUCUCCUUGACCCUAGACAAUGGACUUCAUUGUGUCACGACCUCUUGGUUGGAACUAGGCAAAACUGCUCCUAUUGGGCAAGAAUUCGAGCUCAUUGUUCAAAAUGACUUGGAAUUUCAAUUGACACUCCAAAUGAAGGUUGAGGGUACUAUGCUGAAGCAAUCACCGGAGCCUGUGGCCCCUGCAAAUGUACCGAAGCAAAAAUCAUCAGCCUUCAGCCGGGUGUUUGCCUCCCCCAAGAAGAGAAAGGAGAUGGAGUUGAAGCAACAAAUGGAGCAGCAACAAAAGCAGAAGUUGGAUUCCAAGGGUUACCCUGGUCCUUGGGAUAAGCUGCGCUCGCUAAUCGACGGUGAUGGCAGCUUUGCGCGUGCCUAUGUGUCGCUAGGUGACCAUGAAAAAUAUGCAUUCGGUCGACCUUACACAGUACAAAUCCCCUGCUUCAAUGAAUGGGCUAUCGAAGAGCCAUCAAGUUUGAAGAGCAAGAAAAGUAGCUCCUCCAACAUCACCCAGAAACGACCACCUUACAAGGUUGGAAAUCUGGAACUUCAGCUUUUAUUUGUUCCCAAGCCCGCGGGCGCUAAAGAAGACGACAUGCCUAAAAGUAUGAAUGCCUGCAUUCGAGAAAUGAGAGAGGCAGAGGCAACUGCAUCGCGCAUGUGGGAGGGUUUCCUUUCUCAACAAGGCGGCGACUGCCCUUAUUGGAGACGUCGCUUCUUCCGACUUCAAGGUUCCAAAUUGACUGCAUACCACGAAGUUACACGCCAGCCGCGCGCCACAAUCAAUCUGGCUAAGGCUGCGAAGCUAAUAGAUGACAAGUCUAUUCUCACUCAAAAGGAAACAAUAACAAAAGGAGGUGGACGGCGAAAGUCCGCAUUUUCGGAAGAAGAAGAGGGCUAUAUGUUUGUUGAGGAAGGUUUCCGCAUAAGGUUCGCAAAUGGAGAAGUCAUUGAUUUCUAUGCCGACAGCGCCGCUGAGAAGGAGGGCUGGAUGGAAGUCUUAUGCGAAACAGUGGGCAAAGGCUAUGCGGCUGGCUCUGGUCACGUUAAGGCCUGGACAGAGCUUGUCUUCCGACACGAACGGGGCAUGAAUGCCAAACGCGAAGCUCUCGACCGUUUAAUGACCUCAAAUGGCGCCCCGAAUCCUAAGAGAGGGCCUCCCCCAAUGAACGACUCUACAAAGCAAGCGCCUUCUCACCCAUCUAGGCCGCGCCAUCAGCACAAUUUCUCACAACCAGAAGUUCGGUCUCCAGACGCCCGUCGAGAAAAGACGCGGUCUAUGAUGUUCUAAUGAAGGUGGAGCCUUGACGACAUACUUUACGAAAUUCAUUCACCGUCUCUUUCAUGUCAACUAUUUUCACUGAUUGUCUCAGACCUUUUAUGUUACUAUAUUUUAUUGUUCCUUCCCUAAGUCCCUUUUCUGUUUUUCUUCAAGAAAUGGGUGGCCUCGUCAACGAUUGCUGGCACGUUGAAUGGUUUUCUCUUGAUAUUUUGACUCAUGGUCCCUCUUGUAGGGAUGUGUUUAUUUGCUUUACUGACUGUUAUGCACGAUACGAAAUGAAUUUUCUCCAGGAUUUGUGGAAGUAACAAACAUAGCAGGAGUUUGUCCUUGCAUAGCUCUUUUUAACCGCUUUUUUACCGCGUUUCUUUCUUUUCGUUUAUCAAAAUUUGCGCAUGUCCUUUCUACUCAUUCGAUGUAUGUCUUGAGUAAUUGUGCUUUCGUACAGCAGUGAAGGAGUAUAGUAAUUUAUUUCGUUCUGGUUUCCUACGACCUUUUCGUAAUAA